AUGUGUGGGAGGCAGCAAUGCACAGCAAAGCACUUGCUACUCAACCUAGCAGUGUGCCUGCCCAGAAGUUCUCCCGAGGACUCCAAGCCUGCUGGCCUUGGCCCUGGGCUCAGUGCAAAUCUUGCUAAAGCCCACACACCCUACCCAGCUACUGAAUACAGAGAUGUUGCACACCCCAGUUGCUGCACUUCUUGCCCAGCCAUUGUGCACACAGACACUAGGAGCGUAGAUGCUGUACCCAGCCACUGCAUGAGAAGAUGCUGCAAGCCACUGGCCGCUACAGCUGCUGCAUGUCAUGCCCCCAGUGGCCACUGGGCUUGCUGCGGAUCUGCUCUUGCUUCAGCACUGUUUGUAGGGAACAGACCCACACCCCUUCUACCAGCCUCUGACCACCCUCCAACCUUUUUUCCAGUCGCAAUCUUUGGAGCCAUCUUCUUGCCCACCCUCUGUCUCCGGGACCAGCCAACACAGAUUUUGAAUUUAACUCCUCAUUACCGAUCAACCGUGAGUGUCCAGAUUCAUCAGAAUUAUUCUGCCUAGGUGAAGGCCACGGUCAACCACUUGAUCAUCAUACAUCUGCGGGCCUCCUACACCUACCUCUCUCUGGGCUUCUAUUUAGACGGUGAUCAUGUGGCUCUGGUCGGCAUGGGCCACUUCUUCCUCAAGUUGGCUUCUUCAAGUUGGCAUAGGAGUCGCAGGAGGGCUUGGAGAAGCGAGGAGGGCACGGAGAGUCUCUUGAAGAUGCAAACCCAGUGCAGCGGCCACGCCCUCUUCCAUGACCCACAGAAGCAAUCCCAAGAUGAAUGGGGUACAACCCUGGACGCCAUGGAAGCCAUCCGGCUUCUGGAGAACUUGAACUAGGACCUUUUGGAUCUGCAUGCCCUAGGUUCUGCCCACGCAGACCCCCAUCUCUGGGACUUCCUAGAGAAUCACUUUCUAGAUGAGGAGGUGAAACUCAUCAAGAAGAUGGGCGACCACCUGACUAAUCCCCAAAGGCUGUCCGGCCCCCAGGCUGGGCUAGGCAAGUACCUCUUCGAAAGGCUCACUCCCAAGCACGACUGA